CACACACACACACACACACACACACCGUGCACAGUACACACACACGUCCUCUUCUGCAUUUCCUCGUUGCACAUGCUCAGUGUGCUACUAGUUCAGACGUACACAAGACUGACAGACAGACGGACGGAGAGAAGAAACAAACAAGAGAAGAGAGAGAGGAGAGGAACCACACGUUUACCAGUUCUCUGAGACAUGACUUCUAAAUAGGUGAAACAAUGUCUCCAUCAGAGAACUAGAACGUCAUUCUAUUCUAGUUCUGUGUUCUACAGUACAGACACAGGUUGUUCUAGAACCCUGGCAUUACUUCUAGAAGGUUUGUCAUUAGAAUUCUUACAGUUGACCACAGACAUCUAAUGUGAUUACGAGCUAAAAAACCUUCUGUGCGGAUGAAUCUACGAACGUUUUGUUUUACAGCAGAUUUGACCAUAUUUUCACGAGUUAUUGGGUCACAGUUUUCCUUUGCCAACAUAGAUCCUUUUCAGGCAUGUUGCUCGGAACCCGAAUGUAACGGCCGUUCUAGAGCUGUAGUGGACCUGACCGAUCUGUAUAGGAAGUCCAGAUGAACCGACUGCUGCUGUGUUCUGUGUUCAACGUGGUCUCAACCGUAUCUACCGGCUCCUCUUUUCUCCGUGAAGAGAAAGCGGCUGUUGUUUCUGGUUGGCUGGUCUGCCGCACUGAGAUUCAGGUGAAGUCACUGCCCUUUUCACUAACCGCCGACUGUGAGAGAAACUGUGUGGAUUGCUUCACAACUAUCUUGGCUGUUCAGAGACAAAGAGCAUAGAGAAGUCUAUCUACUGGGACUGUCACUACGUCCGUCAAUCAAACAACAGACGCAUUGAUCAGUGACCGACCUGCACUGCUCAGUGUGUCCUCUGUGGACCUCCAUCCAGACUCGCCCUCUCUCCCACCCCUUCUUGCCCAGGGACAAAGUCAGGUUGAGUGGGAUGGCUGAGGGGCAUGCUGGGCACUACCCCCAGGUGUUCGUGGUGGACAGCCAGGCGAGCUACACCCCCUUGCCCAGCGGGAGGCACCUUAGGUGGGGAGGGAUCAGCCGGAGAGCCCUUCAGCUCCUGGUGGGUCUUGCGCUGGUCGGGAUCGUCAUGGAAGCCUGCUUUAUCGUGCACUUGUACAACAGGACAGGGGCCCUGAUCGAUGCUCAAUCCUUUAUCCAGAGGAGUGGCUCAGCUCAGGGUCUGACUGGAUCUGCAGAGACCAACGAGAUUUUAGGCAAGCCUACGGGGAGGACACGCCCACCUGAGAUCCAACGGAAACCCUCAGCACACUUGAUAGGUACAGUACAGCUUCUCAACACACAGAAACGCUCCCCCCGGUCAGUGCGUGAGGAUAGUGUCGUUCAGUGGGAAUCAGACAAGGGCCUGUCUGCCUUCACAGAUCAGAUGGACUACAAAGAUGGCCACCUGGUAGUACAGAGGGAAGGGCACUAUUAUGUCUACUCCAAAGUGCACUUCGUUGAAGACUGCUUUCUGUUCAAACACAAGGUGAUGAGGAUCACAGAGGGUUACAAAAACAAACCUCUUGUGUUGAUGAAAGCUAACAGGUUCCAUUGUACUUCCCAGGAUUCCAGACCAAAGAAGAUUUCUCAUCAGAAUCUUCUGAACAGCUACCUGGGCGGAGUCUUCCGUCUGUUGCCUGGAGACAUCAUCUAUGUAACCGUGGACAACGGGACGCUCCUGAGACUUGGAGCUGAAGAUAAUUUCAUGGGGGCAUUCAUGAUUUAGGAGACGGUGUGUACUGACACACACUCAUACGUACAUUUGUCAAUCAGAUUCGUGUGUCAGUUAUGUUAUUUCAACGUAUAGAUUCUAACCAAGGUGUGUUAUAGAGAAUCAAACUAGAAAACAGACAAUUGGCUUUUUGAAGGUAUUUUAACCUUGAGGCAACAUCUGCAGCUAUUACCGUGAAUGCCAUCUCCGCAAAUGGCGGGGAAAAUGCCUUUAAAACAUCCAUUGUCGGCUGCCUAGUGUAGUUUUUCUCAAUCCUGGUCCUGGGGACCCAAAGGGGUGCAAAACCCUGCUGAGGAGUUGACUACUUGAAUGAACUGUGGGAGUACUACAAACAACAGCACCCUCAACCAGGACUGAGAACUAUUGGACAACAGCACCACGACCAGGACUGAGAACUAUUGGGCUAGUACUACAAACAACAGCACCACGACCAGGACUGAGAACUAUUGGGCUAGUACUACAAACAACAGCACCACGACCAGGACUGAGAACUAUUGGGCAACAGCACCACGACCAGGACUGAGAAACACUGGGCAACAGCACCACGACCAGGACUGAGAAACACUGGGCAACAGCACCACGACCAGGACUGAGAAACAUUGGGCUAGUACUACAAACAACAGCACCACGACCAGGACUGAGAAACACUUGGCAACAGCACCACGACCAGGACUGAGAAACACUGGGCUAGUGCUACAAACAACAGCACCAUGACCAGGACUGAGAAACAUUGGGCUAAUGGGCUCUUUUAUACCUUGCAUUGGAUUGAAUCCUGGCUUUGUUGCUUUUGGACGCUGGACAUUUAAAUUGAAGUAAAACAGUAUCAAAGUAUAGGAUGGAGUCCCUGUCUUGUUUAUAGAUGGUUAUAUGUUUAUUUAUAUAUGUGUAUAUAUAUGGCUAUAUGUGUGUAUAUAUAUGGCUGUAUGUGUGUAUAUACAGUAUAUGGCUGUAUGUGUGUAUAUAUAUGGCUGUAUGUGUGUAUAUAUAUGGCUACAUGUGUGUAUAUAUUUGGCUAUAUGUGUGUAUAUAUAUGGCUGUAUGUGUGUAUAUACAGUAUAUGGCUAUAUGGUUGUAUAUAUAUGGCUAUAUGUUUGUAUACAUAUGAUUAUAUGUGUGUAUAUAUAUGGCUAUAUGUUUGUAUACAUAUGGCUAUAUGUGUGUAUAUAUAUGGCUAUAUGUGUGUAUAUAUAUGGCUGUAUGUGUGUAUAUAUAUGGCUACAUGUGUGUAUAUAUAUGGCUAUAUGUGUGUAUAUAUAUGGCUGUAUGUGUGUAUAUACAGUAUAUGGCUAUAUGGUUGUAUAUAUAUGGCUAUAUGUUUGUAUACAUUUGGCUAUAUGUGUGUAUAUAUAUGGCUGUAUGUGUGUAUAUAUAUGGCUAUAUGUGUGUAUAUAUAUGGCUAUAUGUGUGUAUAUAUAUAGCUAUAUGUGUGUAUAUAUAUGGCUAUAUGUGUGUAUAUAUAUGGCUAUAUGUGUGUGUAUAUAUAUGGCUAUAUGUGUGUAUAUAUAUAUGGCAAUAUGUGUGUAUAUAUAUGGCUAUAUGUGUGUAUAUAUAUGGCUAUAUGUGUGUAUAUAUAUGGCUAUAUGUGUGUAUAUAUAUGGCUAUAUGUGUGUAUAUAUAUGGCUAUAUGUGUGUAUAUAUAUGGCUAUAUGGUUGUAUAUAUGUAUGGCAAUAUGUGUGUAUAUAUAUGGCUAUAUGUGUGUAUAUAUAUGGCUAUAUGUGUGUAUAUAUAUGGCUAUAUGUGUGUAUAUAUAUGGCUAUAUGUGUGUAUAUAUAUGGCUAUAUGUGUGUAUAUAUAUGGCUAUAUGGUUGUAUAUAUGUAUGGCAAUAUGUGUGUAUAUAUAUGGCUAUAUGUGUGUAUAUAUAUGGCUAUAUGUGUGUAUAUAUAUGGCUAUAUGUGUAUAUAUAUGGCUAUAUGUGUGUAUAUAUAUGGCUAUAUGUGUGUAUAUAUAUGGCUAUAUGUGUGUAUAUAUAUGGCUAUAUGUGUGUAUAUAUAUGGCUAUAUGUCUGUAUAUAUAUGGCUAUGUGUGUAUAUAUAUGGCUGUAUGUGUGUAUAUAUAUGGCUAUAUGUGUGUAUAUAUAUGGCUAUAUGUGUGUAUAUAUAUGGCUAUAUGUGUGUAUAUAUAUGGCUAUAUGUGUGUAUAUAUAUGGCUAUAUGUGUGUAUAUAUAUGGCUAUAUGUGUGUAUAUAUAUGGCUAUAUGUGUGUAUAUAUAUGGCUAUAUGUCUGUAUAUAUAUGGCUAUAUGUGUGUAUAUAUAUGGCUAUAUUUGUGUAUAUAUAUGGCUAUAUGUGUGUAUAUAUAUGGCUAUAUGUGUGUAUAUAUAUGGCUAUAUGUGUGUAUAUAUAUGGCUAUAUGUGUGUAUAUAUAUGGCUAUAUGUGGGUAUAUAUAUGGCUAUAUGGUUGAUGAUGAUCCUAACUAUAAACUCAGUGUUUUCUUCCUCGAUGAAACAUAGCUGAUAUUCAGACCAUUAUGUCUUUUACACAAUAAAAUAAAAAGCCAAACUCUCUAAA